CUGUUCUUUUUUCCCCUAACCGAGAAGGCUGUGGGUCGCUAAGCGGACUUUUAAAUAUACUUCCCGUUACUUCCAUAUAGGAUAAAGUUAUAACUAAACAUGUCUACUAACAGUAUGACGGACCCGAGGAGACAAAAUAAGAUUUUAAGAUACAAGCCCCCCAGCACAGAGACCAACCCCACACUAGAGGACCCCACUCCUGACUACAUGAACCUGCUCGGCAUGAUCUUCAGCAUGUGUGGGCUCAUGCUUAAGCUGAAGUGGUGCGCCUGGAUCGCCGUCUACUGCUCCUUCAUCAGCUUUGCAAACUCCAGAAGUUCAGAAGACACCAAACAGAUGAUGAGCAGCUUUAUGUUGUCUAUCUCAGCCGUAGUGAUGUCAUACCUCCAGAACCCACAGCCAAUGUCUCCACCAUGGUAACCAAGGGCCAGUCACAAAAGAAAGCAGAAGCUGGGCACACCUGCCUCAUCUCCCUGCAAAAAAUUACUGGAGACGUCUAUUAGCAACAACAGAAGAGAAAUGUUAGUCAUGUUUUAACCCUGUAUGAUUUUUUUUCUUUUUGGUUGCUGAUGAAAUCUUUAAAUAUUAUAUUAGCUUUUUUUGCAUACUUUUUUUUGCAAAAAAUUAAUGGAGACGUCUAUUAGCAACUGAUGAAAUCUUUAAAUAUUAUAUUAGCUUUUUUUGCAUACUUUUCUGAAUAAAAUGGUCUGGUUAUUUACAAAAAGCCGCUGUCCAGUAUGUGUCUAAAAAGUGUGACGAGGGAUUUUGGGAUGCCUAAGAAACAAACUUUCUUUUAUACACGUUUUAAUGCAACAGCGGAUUAUUCUACUUUUACUAUGUUAAUUUGCUCAGAAUCACAUAAAUUAAAACCUUCAUUUCUUUUCAGUURCAUCAAAACUGGCAUAAACCGUUCUGUCUGACAGGAUGGUGGUAUUUUACAAAGCCGAUAAUGUUGAAACCCUCWGAAUUAAAUCACCCUCACAAUAAAAUGUAUGCUCAUAAACCUUAAAAAAGUCUUUUGUC